UUUAAUAUGUCCGGUCGUGGCAAGCAAGGAGGCAAGGCCCGCGCUAAGGCUAAGUCGCGCUCGUCCCGCGCUGGCCUUCAGUUCCCGGUGGGACGAGUGCACCGCCUGCUGCGCAAAGGCAACUACGCCGAGCGGGUGGGGGCGGGCGCGCCGGUCUAUAUGGCGGCGGUCCUCGAGUACCUGACGGCGGAGAUCCUGGAGCUGGCGGGGAACGCGGCCCGCGACAACAAGAAGACGCGUAUCAUUCCUCGUCACCUCCAGCUGGCCAUCCGCAACGACGAGGAGCUGAACAAGCUUUUGGGCAAAGUCACCAUCGCCCAGGGCGGUGUUUUGCCGAACAUCCAGGCCGUGCUAUUACCAAAAAAAACGGAAAGCCACAAAGCCAAAAGCAAAUAAAUCCUGACUAAGUAAACCAAA